UAUAACUUCUUUGGACACACACACCACUUGCCUUGUUACUACUUCACUUCUUCCAUUACUCAUUUUCUAUAUAUUUCUCUAUCUCAUCAUUCUCUUCAUAACUUACCUCAUUUUCUAUAUAUGUUUCAACAAUGAAUCCUUCUGAGCAAAUUGUAGAACAAGGAAUAUCUCACCAGAAUUUAAAGAGGACAUCUUGUUUAAAUGUGCUGACUCUAGCAUACCAAAGUCUUGGAGUAGUUUAUGGUGACCUAAGUACUUCUCCUCUUUAUGUAUACAAGACCUCAUUCUCAGGGAAAUUGAGCCUUAAAGAAGAUGAUGAAGAAAUUUUUGGAGUGCUUUCAUUUAUCUUUUGGACAUUUACUAUUAUUGCUCUCUUCAAAUAUGUUUUCAUUGUCAUGUCUGCUGAUGAUAAUGGAGAAGGAGGCACAUUUGCAUUAUACUCACUUCUCUGCAGACAUGCAAGACUAAGCAUUUUGCCUAAUCAGCAACCAACAGAUGAGACUUUAUCUGCUUAUUCAACAGAAGAUUCUGCCGAUACAUGGCAAUCUUCUCUUUUGAAGCUGUUCUUUGAAAAGCAUCCUAGAUUCCAGAAAGGACUGUUAAUCUUUGUUUUGUUGGGAACUUGCAUGACAAUUGGUGAUGGUGUGAUUACUCCUGCAAUAUCAGUAUUUUCAGCAGUUUCAGGAGUUCAAGUUAAGAUCAACCAACUCCAUGACAAUUAUGUUGUUAUAGUCUCAUGUAUCAUUUUAGUUGGCCUUUUCUCCAUUCAGCAUCAUGGAACACAUAGAGUUGCCUUCAUGUUUGCCCCAGUUGUUGCAGCAUGGCUUUUGUGUAUCAGUGGUAUUGGUAUAUACAAUAUUUUCCAAUGGAACCGACAAGUAUAUCGUGCACUUUCUCCAGUCUAUAUGUUUAGGUUUCUCAAAACCACUGGCAUCGAAGGAUGGUUGUCAUUAAGUGGAGUUGUGCUUUCGAUAACAGGUGUGGAGACAAUGUAUGCUGACAUGGGUCAUUUUUCUGCACUCUCAAUAAAGAUAGCUUUCACAUGUUUAGUAUAUCCCUGCCUGAUUUUGGCAUAUAUGGGUGAGGCUGCAUUUCUCUCUAAGCACCAUUAUGACAUUGAGAGAAGUUUCUACAAAGCCAUACCAGAAGCUGUAUUUUGGCCAGUUUUUAUAGUGGCCACUUUUGCUGCUGUUGUAGGAAGUCAAGCAGUGAUUUCUGCAACUUUUUCCAUCAUAAGCCAAUGCUGUGCAUUAAAUUGUUUUCCUCGAGUCAAGAUUGUUCAUACUUCUAGCAAAAUAUAUGGACAGAUUUAUGUUCCAGAAGUCAAUUGGAUAUUAAUGUGCCUUUGUUUAGCUGUCACAAUUGGCCUUAGGGAUACAAACAUGAUGGGUCAUGCAUAUGGGUUGGCUAUCACCACUGUUAUGUUUGUGACAACAUGUUUGAUGACGCUAAUAAUUAUAAUUGUUUGGAAACAAGGGAUAAUAAAAGCACUUACAUGUUUCCUAUUGUUUGGAUCUAUUGAACUUCUUUACAUCUCAGCUUCUGUCUGCAAAAUCCCUGAAGGAGGAUGGAUCCCAAUUUCGCUCUCUUUCAUUUUUAUGGCCAUAAUGUUCACAUGGAAUUAUGGAACAAUGAAGAAACACAAAUUUGAUGUUGAAAACAAGGUCUCGAUGAGCAAGAUGUUAUCAUUAGGACCUUGUUUAGGCAUGGUCCGUGUCCCAGGAAUCGGUCUCAUUUUCACUAAUCUUGCUUCCGGUAUCCCGGCUAUUUUUGGUCAUUUUAUUACAAAUUUACCAGCAUUCCAUCAGGUGUUAGUUUUUGUAUGUGCUAAAUCAGUUCAAGUUCCUUAUGUCAGUGAAAGUGAAAGAUUAGUCAUCAGCAGGAUUGGUCCGAAGGAGUUCUACAUGUUUCGGUGCAUUGUCCGAUACGGUUACAAAGACAUACAACAAGAGAAUUACAAUUUUGAUAAUAAAUUGGUAUCUGCAAUAAUACAGUUUAUAGAAUCAGAAGACUGUGUUCAAGAACAAACAAAUGAAUUGACUAUAGAUGAUGGAAGAAACUUAAAUGCGGAAGAUCUUGGUGCUUCACAACACACUUUGAAAUUGAAUUGGUCACAUUCUGAAAAGAAUUCUUUAGCAUUUUCAUGUGACGGCCAACAACUUCAAGACGAGUCCUAUAAAGUCGAGUCAUUGCAGAUUUUAAAAGCCAAAGAAUCAGGUAUUACUUAUAUAGUUGGGCAUUCCUAUGCAGAGGCAAAAAAAUCAUCUUCCAUUUUAAAGAAAUUUGGAAUAGAUGUUGUUUAUGCUUUUCUAAGCAAAAAUUGCAGAGAACCUGAUAUUAUGUUGGAAGUAGUUCAUACUUCUUUGCUAGAAGUCGGUAUGGUUUACCAUGUAUAACUCUAACCUUAUACUGAGAUAUUUGCAUAGAAAAGAAUAGAUUUAGUUUGUAAAUGUUGGUCAUAAACAUUAACAAUGACUUCUACUAGCCAAUGAUCAAGAUCAUUAGGUUCUAGGUUUUUCAUCAUUGAUCUCUAAAGAGUCUUUGAUUCUGUAUCUAAGAAUGUAAUUCAAAAAGUGUUUCAAAAAGUAGAAUAUAUAUACUUGUACUUUUGUUGAAAUGUAGCUACUGAGAUAUGACACAAUCAUUAAAAUACUUCAUUUAUAUUUA